AUGUCAUUUUCUCUGCCUUUCUCUCCCUCUCUCUCUCUCUCUCUCUCUCUCUCUCUCUCUCUCUCUCUAUCUAUCUAUCUAUCUAUCUCUUUCUCACACUUUAGACGCCUGUCUGUGUCUUUCUACACCUGUGUAUGUGUCUUCCACUGCCUAUGUGUGUGUCUUCCCAAAACUCGAUUUUUUACUCUGUAUACAUGUGCAUUCUCUCUCUCUCUCUAUCUAUCUAUCUAUCUAUCUAUCUAUCUAUCUAUCACAGUCUAUUCUUAUCAAUAUCUAUCUAUCUAUCUAUCUAUCUAUCUAUCACACUUCGUGUGUGUGUCUCACACUUUCUCCUAUUCCUCUCCCCCUCUUUCUCACCUGGGUUGUUUUCUUUCUAUGCCUUUCUCUCUAUUUAUCUAUCAACCUUCACACACUCUCGCUCUCUCACUUUCUCUCUCUCUAUUUCUUUUUCCUCUCUCUCUCUCUUUGUUUGUGUGUACGCCCGUGUGUGUUUCUAUGCUUGUGUGUGUCUUUCCAAAUCUCUCUCUUUCAUUGUAUACUUGUGCGUUGUUUUUCCUUCUCUCUCUCUCUCUCUCUCUCUCUCUCUCUCUCUCUCUCCUCUCCAUCUAUCUAUAUCUAUCACUUUUCGUGUGUGCAUCUCUCUCUCUUUCUGUAUCUAUCUCUGAAUGUCUGUCUGUCUAUCUCUAUCUAUCAUUAUUCAUGUACGCGUCCUUCUCUCUUUCUCUUAUUCUCUCUCUCUCUCUUUGUCUAUCUAUCUAUCAUUAUUCGUAUGUGCGUCUCUCUUCCCCUCUCUCUCUCUCUCUCUCUCUCUCUCUCUCUCUUUGUAUCUCACUCUCUUUCUCUGUCUGCCUGUCUGGAUCUCUCUCAUUUUUUCUCUCUCAUUACCUCUCUCUCUCUCUCUCUGAUUGUCUAUCCGUCUUGAAUCUAUCAUUCUUCAUGUGCGCGUCUCUCUCUCUCUCUCUCUUUCUUACUCUUUCUCUAUCAUUAUUCGUACGUGUGUGUCUCUCUCUCUCUUUGUCUCUCACUCUUUGUCUCUCACUCUCUUUCUUUGUCUACCUAUCUCUCUCUUCUUUUUCUCUCUCCUUCUCUCUCUCUCCUUCUCUCUUUCACAUUCUCUCUCAGUCUCUCUCUCUCUGA